AUGAAGAGCCGACUGAGCGACUCGAGGCCGGGACGACCGCCCAAGAGGCUGCAAAGUGUGACAGAGGGCGGAACCCACCACAUGCUGUCCCACAGUGGUCUGAUGCACGCUGGGAUCAUGCCUCCUGCAGAUCUGUCUGCUCUGGCCAAGAAGAUCAAGCUGGAGGCUAUGGCCAGUUACCACAGUAACCACCAACAUGGCGGGCCAAAUGGGGAGAACGGUGACCACAACCUCGUUCUGGAUCAGUUGCCCUUCAUGAUGAUGUCACAUCCUCUGAUCCCUGCCAGCCUGGCGCCUGCCUCCGUUUCCAUGGCGAUGGGCCAGAUGAACCGAUUGAGCACGCUGGCCAGCAUGGCCAACGUGGCACAUCUUCAUGCCAACCCCCCUGCCAGGGCUCCCACCUCCGUCAUUAAGGAACGAGUGCGUGACAGCCCCUCGCCUUCUCCCUCACUGGAGGAAGCCCAGAUGUCGUCCAAUCACAGCAGCAGCGUGUCGAGUUCCCCGUCUCACACAGAACGUAUCGCGGAAACCACACGUACGUACUUACGUGUCAUCUACGCUCUACGAGACUCGCUCCAUGACGGCCUGUCAUCAACUCAUAGUGUGUUAGGACACUCUCCUGGUGUGGUGCAGGGAUCCAGAGAGACAGAUGUGACUCCAGUGGAAUACAGCAAGGAGAGCAAGAGGAGCCACACUGACAGAGAUAACAGCUCCAUGGCCACUCCGACGACAAGGGAGAGCUGUGAUAGACAAGUCUACCAGAAACCCCCAUCAGGCAGGGAGGGCUGUGAGAGGGUAUCUUACCCUGCAGGACAGAAGCUCCCAGCAGGUCUCCACCACGCUCCCUUCAUCUUCCCCGAAGGCCUGUCCUCCAUAGAGACCCUGCUCACGAACAUCCAGGGUCUGCUGAGGGUUGCCAUAGAAAACGCCCGGGCGCAGGAGAAGCAGGACCAGCUGGAGAGGACGGAGCUGAAGCUGGAGCUGGUCCGAGAGCGGGAGCUAAGAGAAACCUUAGAGCGGCAGCUUAGCAUCGAACAGAAAAACAGAGUUCUGAUCCAGAAGCGCCUGAAGAAGGAAAAGAGAAGUAAGAGGAGACUACAGGAAGCUUUGGAGGAGGAGGUCAAACUCCGAGAUCAGGCCGAGCACAGCCUCCUGCACACUGCCAACACACACACAGGCCAUCAAUCAUCGGCGGUGCCUCCUCACACAGAACCCGUGACCCAGGACGUGGAUGGGAGCAACCACGCCGACAACAGGCUGGACACCAAGGCAACAGUACAAGAGGGCAGAGUGUUCCUGCAGACCACUGGGAUGUACUGAAGUUGGAAUGGAUGGAUGGAUGAAUGGACGAAUGAAAGGAUGAAAGAAUGGAUGGAUGGAAGUGUGACGAAAUUCCUCCUUUAUGAGACAUACAAUCGACAGGCAUGCUCAGUGGCAUCUGAGAUCCACGUUGACUCCCCAACAUUUCAACGGCGACAUUUGAACUUUUCCAUUGUUCUCUCGUUUUAAUUUAUUGCAGUUAUCACCAAAUCUUGGCCGUAGUGGGAACAGUACUUUAUUCUGAUGAUGUGUUUCACUGUGUUUCUUUCGAUCGAGGUUUUUAGAUCCUAGAUGAAGACGACCAUAGUUGUUUUUUUGUCAGUGCUGUUUAUCUGGACACAAGUGCUGAGUAUUACUUGUAACAGAGUCGUGUACAUAUAUAGUCAUCAUUUUUGUUAUUAUUAUCAUCAAAAAAAGACAAUGGCAUGGUGUACAGUCAGUAAAUGACUUGUAUUGUGUAUGUUAUGCAGUAGUGC